AUGAGCGUGAUGAUCGCUGUGACAACUUGGUCACGACCACUUUCUCAUCACCACCACCGCCAUUUGCUUGCCUGUGCCCCACCACCCCCCUCGCUCUCUUCCUGCCCAUCUUGCACCCUCACUAUGGCUGACAAGGACCAAGAGAAUGGUCAUGGGCUCUUUCAGGUGGUUUCCACUUUGUUCAGCCCCGGAUUUUUGCUAACAACCCACCACCAUCACCUCCCACACCCUGUGCCACAGCAAACGUGA